CGAGGAGAUGGGAAGUCUGCCGGGCCCCUCAGCAGACACUUGGGUGCAGUCGUGAGGGCCGAGGCUCUGGUAGAAAAAAUCCUCCCUUCACCCUCCUCCCUGCAGGAUGGGUAGGGCAGGGCGGGCCGGCAGGCUAGGAGUGCCUUGACGGAAAGGAAGGGCCCGCGCACCCCCGGGACACGAGCUGGGGCUUGUCCCUCCAGGCCUUCCUCUGCCCCAAGAGGCCUUCCCAAAGGUGCCCACUUCCCAGCGCUCCUGUGGGACCUGGAGAAAAACUUGCUUACAGUUAAGCUCAGUCUUCUGCACUGUUAGGAAGGCCCUUCGCUCUUCCCAGAGCCAGAAAGGAGUAGAUUUGGGGUUGGGAUUUCCCAACUCAUACAUCCAUUCAUUCCUUCAACAGGUUGUGAGUGCCUGCUGUAUACCAUGCACUGUGCCAGGCACUGAGACUUUGGCUGCAGGAGGGAAGGGCCGAGCUGGAAGUUUGAAUGGGCAGUCAUAGUUAAGACUUGAGGGGAAGGGGCCAAACUCACCUUGUGCGUAGUGUCAGGGAGGCGACCCAAGGAUGACAUCAUAUGAGGGCCUGGGAGCAGGGAAGAAAGCUAGCUGGGUGCAGUGCAGUUUGCGUAUCAGGGGUUAGGAGGCAUGGAGCGGGGCUGGUGGGAGGCUGUAUCUUCAGACAGGGAACAGCAUUCAAAGGCUUCAGGUGAGAGGGAGCAUGGCUCCCUAGGAAUGAAUGCAUUUCAUCACCUGGAAGAGUAGAAACUGCAGGCUAGUGAAAGAUGAAGCUCGACAGAGGUUCCGGUUCUGUGGUGACCUGGACUGUCCUGACUGGGUCCUGGCAGAGAUCAGCACGCUGGCCAAAAUCUCCUCCGUGAAGCUGAGGCUGCUGUGUAGCCAGGUGCUGAAGGACCUUCUGGGACAGGGGAUUGAUUAUGAGAAGAUCCUGAAGCUCACCGCUGAUGCCAGGUUUGAGUCGGGUGAUGUGAAGGCCACAGUGGCAGUGCUGAGUUUCAUCCUCUCCAGUGCGGCCAAGCAUAGCGUGGAUGGCGAGUCCUUGUCCAGUGAACUGCAGCAGCUGGGGCUGCCCAAAGAGCAUGCAGCCAGCCUGUGUCGCUGUUAUGAGGAGAAGCAAAGCUCCCUGCAGGAGCACCUGCGGGCCUGCAGCUUGCGAGUGAACAGGCUGACAGGCGUGGGCUGGCGGGUGGACUACACCCUGAGUUCUAGCCUGCUGCGGUCCGUGGAAGAGCCCAUGGUGCACCUGCGGCUGGAGGUGGCAGCUGCCUCGGGUGCCCCGGCCCAGCCUGUUACCAUGUCCCUCUCAGCAGACAAGUUCCAGGUCCUCCUGGCAGAACUGAAGCAGGCCCAGACCCUGAUGAGCUCCCUGGGCUGAGAAGAAGAGCUCAUGGGGCCCAUGUGGAGCUGCCCUCCGAACUUCUCUUCAGGGGCUGCCCCAGCUCCAGGACCCUAGGGGCCUGGCCUCCUGGAUGUCUGGCUUCCUAGGUUACCACCUGAGAAUUCAGCCUAGGGAUCCUGAACACUCUUGCAGCAUUGUCUUCCCUCCUCCAUGAAAGGCACAUGUCAGUGGUUUUCAUGAGAAGGGAGAAUAAACAGAGGUGUAAAGAA